GGGGGGCGUGGCCAUCCCGGAACCGGAAGUGUGCCCGCGGCCUGUUUCCUCAGCAAGUAAGAGUAUUUGAAAAUCUGAAGACUGAAGUUUCAAAAUCAACGGAUGAAGGGCUUAUGCCUGAAACAUUGACUCUCCUGCUCCUCGGAUGCUGCCUGACCUGCUGUUUUGCCAGUGCCACAUUUUUUGACUGACUCUCCAGUGUCUGCAGUCCUCACUUUGAUGUCAAUGUCUGACAGUCACUCAAUCCAUCGGGACAGCAACGAUUUUUGAUUGUGAUUUCUGUGAGAGGGAUCAAUGCUUUUUGGUACCUGUUUGAGGACAUUUUCAGCAUCAGUGGGACUGAACGAGAGACCCCACUUUUGCAGCGCACUGUGUAUGGAGCCUGAAACAGUUAUACAGCCUGGAAAGGUGAUUUCACGGCAGGGAGGGGCUCUACACAUGUUUGUAUGCAGCUGAAGCUGUAGCCAUGGAGAAACCUGAGGAAUCCCGCCCUGUGGAGGAACCGUGGAAGUGUGGCGACUGUGGGAAAGGCUUCCGUGUCCCGUCUGCCCUGGAGAUUCAUCGGCGCAGUCACACCGGGGAGAGGCCAUUCUCCUGCCCUGUCUGCGGGAAGGCCUUCAAACAUUCCUCCCACCUGUUGGCCCACCAGCAGAACCACACGGGGGAAAGGCCCUUCAGCUGCCCAGAGUGUGGGAAGGCCUUCAGCACAUCCUCCCAUCUGCUGACCCACCAGCGGGUCCACACGGGGGAGAGGCCCUUCAGCUGCCCCGAGUGCGGGAAGGCCUUUACCCAGGCUUCCUCCCUGCUGAGGCACCAGCGUGUCCACACGGGGGAAAGGCCCUUCAGCUGCCCUGAGUGUGGGAAGGGCUUCAGACAUUCCUCCACCCUACUGACCCACCAGCAGGUCCACACGGGGGAGAGGCCCUUCACCUGCUCUCAGUGCGGGAAGGGCUUCAGGUAUUCCUCCCACCUGCUGAGGCACCAGCGAGUCCACACUGGGGAGAGGCCCUUCAGCUGCCCCGAGUGUGGGAAGGCCUUCAGCAAUUUCUCCACCCUGUUGGCCCACCAGCGGGUCCACACGGGGGAGAGACCAUUCACCUGCUCUCAGUGCGGGAAAGGCUUCACCUGCUCCUCCGCCCUACGGAGCCACCAGCGGGUCCUCACGGGGGAGAGGCCCUUCAGCUGCCCAGAAUGUGGGAAAGCCUUCAGCAAUUCCUCCCACCUGCUGACCCACCGACGGGUCCACACAGGGGAAAGGCCCUUAAGCUGCCCUGAGUGUGGGAAGGCCUUCAGCGAUUCCUCCUCCCUGCGGAGGCACCAGCGGGUCCACACGGGGGAGAGGCUGUUCACCUGCUCUCAGUGUGGGAAGGCCUUCAGUGAUUCCUCCCACCUGCUGACCCACCAGUGGGUCCACACCGGGGAGAGGCCCUUCAGCUGCCCCGAGUGUGGAAAGGCCUUCAGGAAUUCCUCCACCCUGUUGACCCACCAGCAGAUCCACACGGGGGAGAGGCCAUUCACCUGCUCUCAGUGCGGGAAGGGCUUCACCUGCUCCUCCGCCCUGCUGAGGCACCAGCGGGUCCACACGGGGGAGAGGCCCUUCAGCUGCCCUGAUUGUGGGAAGGCCUUUACACAGGCCUCCACCCUACUGAGGCACCAGCGUGUCCACAAGGGGGAGAGGCCCUUCACCUGCUCUCUGUGCGGGAAGGGCUUCAGGUAUUCCUCCCACCUGCUGACCCACCGGCGGGUCCACACGGGAGAGAGGCUCUUCAGCUGCCCCGAGUGCGGGAAGGCCUUCAGGUAUUCCUCCCAUCUGCUGACCCAUCAGCGGAUCCACACGGGAGAGAGGCCAUUCUCCUGCCCCGAGUGCGGGAAAGGCUUUACCUGCUCCUCCCACCUGCUGGACCACCGCCGAGUCCACACUGGGGAGAAGCCAUUCUCCUGCCCUGAGUGUGGGAAGGGCUUCACCUACUCCUCCCACCUGCUGGCCCACCAGCGCGUCCACGCUGGGGAAAGGCCCUUCCCCUGCUCUGAGUGUGGGAAGGCCUUCAGCAAAUCCUCGGACCUGCUGAAGCACCAACGGGUCCACAGAGGGGAGAGGCCAUUCAGCUGCCCUGAGUGCGGGAAGGGCUUCACCCGCUCUUCCGCUCUGCUGACCCAUCUGCGGGUCCACACGGGUGAGAAGCCCUUUAGCUGCCCUGAGUGCAGGAUGGCCUUCAGCAGGUCUUCCCACCUGCUGAGGCACCAGCGAGUCCACACUGGGGAGAGGCCGUACUCCUGCCUCCAGUGUGGAAAGUGCUUUACCCAGCCCUCCAACCUGCUGACCCACCAGCGGAUCCACACCUGCGAGAGACCGUUCUCCUGCCCCGAGUGCGGGAAGGGUUUUGCUGUUUCCUCUAACCUCGUGGCCCACCGGCGGGUCCACACGGGGGAGAGGCCAUUCAGCUGCCCCGAGUGCGGGAAGGCCUUCAGCAAUUCCUCUGCCCUGCUUAGGCACCAGCGCGUUCACACCGGAGAGAAGCCGUUCUCCUGCCCAGAGUGCGGGAAGGGGUUUACCCGCUCCUCCACACUGCUGACCCACCAGCGGGUCCACACCGGGGAGAGGCCCUUCAGCUGCCCUGAGUGCGGGAAGAGGUUUACAUUUUCCCGCAACUUGCGGAAGCACCAGCGGGGGCACCAGCGCUCACAACAAUCAGAUUCCACCACUGACACUGCUGUGAGUCCCCCCCAGGACUGAUUCUCCUGACAGUGGGUGCAGUGGGAGAGUUGGUGCAAUGUAUUUGUUUUCCGUUGGACUGCAACCCCACGGUGGCUCAGGGGUGGCAUGGUCUCAGUGAUUAGCACUGCUGCCUCAUGGCACCAGGAACCAAGGAUCAAUUCCACCCUUGGGGCAACUGUCUGUGUGGAGUUUGUGGAGGGUAGGAGAAUGGAUGAGAUAAGAAACCGCUGCCUGCCUUGAGACAAGUCUCCCGGAGAGAACUUGCUGACUGAUUGUCUGAUCUACUGAUCCUCACAGUGCCCCAUUGCCCUCAGUUAACUGGAGGAGUUCCACACAGAUGUACCGAAGCCCCUCUUUGGACUGUGGAAGGAAACCUGUGCAGACAGGGAAAACAUGCAAACUCCACACAGACAGUUACCUGAGGCUGGAAUUGAACUUGGGUCCCUUAUGCUGUGAGGUAGCAAUGCUAAGCAGUGUGCUACCCCCCAAUAUGUUAUAAAAUUUGAAUAAACCUACUAAGUUGGAAAUGUGUCCAUGCCAAGAACUUACUGUAAAUGUUUGGAAGCAAAAGUCCAUCGGAAUUGUCUUUGGGACGGAUCCAAAACUUACUUUGUUAAUGAUUGAAAAUACUUUGACCUCUGGAACUGUCUGCCAGAGAGUGUGUUGGAGUCAGAUUCAAUUACGGUAUUCAAAAUAGAGGUGGAUCAUUAAACUGAAAAGGAAAGCAGUUGCAGUGUUCAGUGAAGAAUAGUACAAGGUACUGUAGUGGACGUCAGAAUAUGAGUUUCCUGACUGGGGCUGUUCACUUGCUCCUGUUACCAUUUCAGGUUGCUGACUUUUCGUUAGCAUCCUGCACAUGUUGGGAUUUUUUCUCCUUUCUAGCAUCUAUUUAAGUGAGUCAGUGACAAAUCUAGUUUUGAAUUGUUCCUAUGAUGUCUCAUGAGAGGGUUUAUGAUAUUCACAGUGCUAUAUAAAUUGUUAUGGGUCACAAUGUGUCCAAGUGAGGAAAAACAAACUGUUCAUCUUAAAUAUUUGUUUUUAAACAAUGGAAAACACACCACUUGCUGUAUAGUGAGAUCAUCCUAAAUAGGAAUGGGAGUAAGUAAUUGACCGUCGAGAUGCUCUGUCUUUCAUUUAUCUAAAUUCUCUUUCUUGCACUUGUUUUUUCAUGACUUCAUCUGCUGAAGUGACUACACUCCAAAAGCUUGUGAUUUCAACAUAAGAACUAGGAGCAAGAGUCGGCCUUCCGGCCCUUCGAAUCUGCUUCACCACUCAAUAAAAUCAUGACUCAUCUCUUCGUGGACUAUGCUCCACUUACCUGCGUUUUCACCAUAUCCCUUAUGUUCCUGAAAAAAAAUAAAAGAAUUAUCUACUG